GGUGUCCAAUGGAUGCCUCCAGAACAUCGGCGGCUGCCCGGGUGACUCGGUUAUAUGUCACAGAAUAACAUUCGAGAAUGGGACAUGGAAUGAGGCGACAGCCGACGCAGCUCCAGCAGCCCUCUGCAGCAAUGAGGCCGGCUGGCCCGAGGCCCGGCCGGUGAGCGGGGAGUUUCCUUAGCCCGUCCUGCAGCCGCAAGAGAUGAAGGCCACCCCCACGGGACUCUGAUUCCCGGCACGCCCAAGUCCCUCUCCACGUGCCCCUCACCAUGACCGGCUCCGCGGCGGACACUCAUCGCUGCCCCCACCCCAAAGGCGCCAAAGGCACCCGGUCCCGAAGUAGCCACGCGCGCCCGGUAAGCCUCGCCACCAGCGGGGGCUCGGAGGAGGAGGACAAAGACGGCGGGGUGCUGUUCCACGUGAACAAGAGUGGCUUCCCGAUCGACAGCCACACCUGGGAGCGGAUGUGGCUGCAUGUUGCCAAGAUCCAUCCCAAAGGGGGAGAGAUGGUGGGUGCCAUCAGAAACGCUGCCUUUCUGGCUAAGCCUUCAAUUCCCCAGGUCCCCAACUACAGGCUGUCCAUGACGAUCCCAGACUGGCUCCAGGCCAUCCAGAAUUACAUGAAGACGCUACAAUACAAUCAUACCGGGACCCAGUUCUUUGAAAUCAGGAAAAUGAGACCUCUGAGCGGGUUAAUGGAAACAGCGAAAGAGAUGACCCGAGAAUCCUUGCCUAUCAAAUGCCUUGAGGCAGUCAUUUUGGGCAUAUACUUAACCAACGGGCAGCCUUCCAUCGAGCGGUUCCCCAUCAGCUUUAAAACCUGUUUCUCAGGAAACUACUUUCACCACGUCGUGCUGGGGAUCUAUUGCAACGGUUUCUACGGCUCGCUGGGCAUGAGCCGAAGGGCCGAGCUGAUGGACAAGCCACUGACGUUUCGGACUCUGAGUGACCUUGUCUUCGACUUUGAAGACUCCUACAAGAAAUACCUGCACACAGUCAAGAAGGUCAAGAUUGGGCUGUACGUCCCCCAUGAGCCUCACAGCUUCCAGCCCAUCGAGUGGAAGCAGCUGGUCCUCAAUGUCUCAAAGAUGCUGAGGCCCGACAUAAGGAAGGAGCUGGAGAAGUACGCCAGGGACAUGCGGAUGAAGAUCUUGAAACCUGCAAGUGCCCACUCUCCAACCCAAGUGAGAAGCCGGGGAAAAUCUCUGUCUCCCCGAAGGAGGCAAGGAAGUCCCUCAAGGAGGCUCGGCAGGCGAGACAAAUCCCAAGGCAAGUGGCCACGCUGGCGCCUUCACGUGCCCCCGAGGAAGACAGCUGUUAGUCAGCUAUGGCUGCCUGCUCUACCUGAGAAGAAGGUGGCUGACCUCAGCACUCUGAACGAAGUGGGCUAUCAGAUCCGGAUCUAGCCAUGCCAGGCUGGCAAGGCUUCUAUGGUGCUCUUUUCUGCACGGUACCCAGCAGCUUCAGGAGGACCUGCUACUAUUCAUGAAGAACCUUUGGAGUUUUGAUUUUGAAGGACUUAACCUGCAAACAGAAUCUGAGUGGGUGGAAAUGGUGAGCUUUGAAAGACUGGCUGGGCAGCAGGCAUGGGGGGCUGAAGUGAUGGACAGGCCCCUGGGUUGACUGUCUCCCUCACUCAGGAUCUCAAGGACAACACUGUAGUUUUCUAUUUCUCCGUUUGCCGACUGUUCCGCUUGCUUUGGAUGUUAUGCCUCAGCUGUAGUAAACUUCUGGAGUUUGCUCCCUCUCUGUAACUCAGUCAGUGUUACCGUCUUCUCAGCAAUAACAAGCAAAGAUGGUGGGCUUUUUUAAGAGUUGAUAAUACCUCAACAUUUUGGCAUCAGAUAUGCAAUCUUAAUGAGUUUUUUAUAUUCUAUUUGUAUUGUUUUCCUAGUGUUUCUUAUAGAGAUCUUGAUGGUUUGGUUGUUGUUUUGUUUUUUAUUUUUUCUGGUGCACAUGAAAGAUGAGAUUUAAGGUGCCAUAUGCAAAUGUUUUAGCAAAAGGCACUGGGAUUCUGGCAAUAAGGGGCAACACUUUAGGAUCUUGGAGUCACUUUUCCUAAAGCCCCUGCUCAUAGCAGGCCUCUUCUUUGAAAAUAAACAUGCUGAGAGCUCUAGUCCAUGUUCUGCUGCUAACAUGUAAGGUUUUCCAAAUUCAGCGAAAAGCACAAGAGGCCACACACUCAUGAAAACCCAGCAGCACCGAGACGUCCUCCGGCAGAAAGCUGCUCAAAAAGGCAGACACUGGGAGGUGACCUGUGUGCCCCCUGGGUCAGCCUUAGUUCUGAGGGGCUCACCGUUGUUCACGUGUUCUGCCAUUUUACACUUAGGCACGUGCAAUGGACUGUUUGCCAGUGGCUCGUUUUUCAGGCACCGCUUCAUGGCAUUAGGAAGUGCUGGGAGGAGCCCUGAACUCAAGAAGCAGGCUGUCUUCAGAGAAAAGAUCCAGCAGGGUGCUGUGCCUCCCACCCUGAAGUGGAGCAAGGCUGCCUGUGGCCAGCGCAGGGCAACUCCGGCUUGCAGGCCACCAGGUUGGGUCUGAAGGCGUGCAAGAGAGCUAUUGCUCUGGAGGACAGCUUUACGUCAUUUAUCUCCGUGCAGCCGCCAUACCUGAGGACCAGCUUGUCCACAGAGCUUUUAAAAAGCUUGUGCCUCUCUGGCUGUGAUUGAGGGGUUAAGAGGCCCUGCUAACUGAUCACUCACUUGAGUCUUCACGAGGUAGUCCUAGGGCCAGCAGGGAGGCAAAAGCUAUGGGCACAAAAACUCACUGCACCCUAAAGGCAGCAUUACUAAUGAAAAGUAUUGUUUUCUUGGAAAAAUUUAGUGUCCUUUAGAGAACAGGACCAGGAAACUAAAACACCGUGAAAGUUUCCAAUUCUGAACUUAAGGCUUUCUUCAAGAAUCCUGUUCUCAGAGUUCCAGAUGAGUUCAAGGGCCUGGGCCAAGUGCUGGAAGGCUGUACUCUGACAAGGCGUAAGGAAACACCCUCCAUGCGCCCUCACAGGCUGUCCAUUCGCAGCCUCAAGGCCGUGUGUACGAGUGUCCCGAAGAGCCUGGGAGAGCUUCCACUCCUGCUCAGCUGUUUACCCCCCGAAACAGCUCCAUCUGGUAUGCGGACUGAUCAGAGUUGGGGCACCAGGCCAAGUGCCUGCAGCUGCCUUGUUCAAGGACAGAUUACACGAAAAGAAUGUCAGUGGGACAACCUUGAUCCAUGGCAAGCUGUCCCUGAGUGUGACACUGUCAUCUAAUCUUUUCCACAACCACUUCUGGUUUUUAGAUUCAUUUUUCAAAGCAAGGCUAAUCACAGAAACAUUUAAAAUGCUCUGUCAUUCGAUUUACUGCCUGUAGUUACACUAACUUCUAAAAAUAGAAGGGAGUCACAAAACAUCGAAAUUCUAAUGUGAGUUUAAUUAAAUAACAUGGCAAAAAUGAACGCAGCGUGUGUUACCUCUCCUCAGCCUGUGAUUUAAGAUGGAGAAAAGAAAGAGGUGACUGGAGCAGGGUUGUCCUAUGCACAGUGCGGAUGUGCAGAGCAGAAGGCAGUCUCAAGCCGACUCACGGCUGACUUGAGAGGUGUGACUCCCGGGGCUUUCUCUGUGCUGGAAUCACGAGCACAUAUACAUAUCCCUUUUCUUGAGUCAGCGGUUUCAAAGGGUGUCCUCACAGACACGGGUAAAGGCCUUCUAACCCUUCAGCUUACUCUACAAGGUUUUCGUAUGCUAGACUUUUAUGUACAACCUUGUACAGUUUUGACAUACAGUUCAGAUUCUUUUUUAUUCUCUUAGACUUUGUUCUAGCCGAUACAUUUUUAAUGAUGUUUCAGAAGAGCCGUGAUUGUUUUAGUGAGUAUUUUUCUAAGUACAUGAAGACUUGAUAGUACUCUGGAGGACGCCAGGAGUGCAUGUUUCAGGCCUGUGUUUCUCUCAUCGCGUGUUGUACACAGCAUGGACUGUAAUAAAAACCAUUGGAAACUGAA